AUGUCUGGAAGCGGUUCACAGCUCAACGUUGCCAUUGCAGGCCUUGGUCGCAUGGGAAUGCGACAUGCUCGCCACUUUGCCUUCUUCACCCCCAAGGCCAAUCUGAUUGCUGUCACUUCGCCAGUGCAAGCCGAGCUUGAUGCCGCCCAAGCUGAAUUUGGCCCAAUCAGAACCUACCUCGACUAUGACGAAAUGCUGGCCAAUGAGCCAAGCCUGCAGGCUGUUGUUGUUUCCAGUGCCACUACCGUGCAUGCUGAGCAAGCCAUUAAGGCCAUUGACCAGGGUCUCCAUGUCUUGUGUGAAAAGCCCCUGAGCACCGACGCUGAGAUUUCCCAAUCCGUUGUGGAUGCCUAUAAGAAGUCUCUUAAGAAGAACCCUGCCCAGAAGGUCAUCUGCGGAUUUUCUCGACGUUUCGAUGCGUCCUACCGUGAUGCUUAUCGCCGUGUCGCCAACGGUGACAUCGGUCGCCCUUCAGUGUUCCGUUCGCAGACUUGCGACAAGCUUGACCCUACUGGCUUCUUCGUCGCCUACGCCGAGUUUAGCGGAGGUAUCUUUGUUGACUGCUCCAUCCACGACAUUGACCUUGCCCUGUGGUUCAUGGGCGAGGACAGCGUUGUCAAGAGCGUGUCUGCUGUUGGUAUCACUGCUGUUUCACCUGAGUUGCGGAAGCACAAUGACAGGGACAAUGCUGUUGCCAUUAUCGAGUUUUACGGUGGCAAGAUUGCCCAGCUCUUCUGCUCCCGUAUGAUGGCUGCCGGCCAGGAGGACACUACCGAAAUCUUUGGCACUGAGGGCAAGAUUGCUGUCAAUACACAGCCUCAGCUCAACUUGGUCAACAUCUACGAGUCGACCGGUAUUCGCCGUGAGAUCCCGCCUGACUACUACGGUCGCUUCCGGGAGGCUUUCAUCACUGAGGCCAACGAGUUUACCGACUCCUGCCUCAACAACACCCCUCCCCCUACUAGACUCCAGAGCGCCGUCGAUGCCGUCAAGAUCGGAAAGGCUCUCCAGGAAAGCUUGAUUACUGGAAAGAAGAUCGAGUUUGAUGAGCUUGGCAGACGUCUUGAGUCGUCCAAGCUGUAA